AUGACUAGUUUUGAGACUAGUCUAGCGCAGUCCGGUCUUCAGCCUGCGCCUGCAGUACCUGAGCCUUCGGGGGCCGAGCCCAAUCCGGAACCAGAGGAGUCACAGGUAAGGUACAACCCCAUGGAUGUAGACCUCGAGGCAAUACCAGAGGAGGAACCAGAAGACGAGGACCCCGAGGACGAACCAGAAGAGGCGCCGGAAGAAGAGCCUGAGGAUGAGCCCAAAGAAGAAGACCCAGCGAUGGGGCCAGAGGACGCACCCGAGUAUGAGCCAGAGUACGAUCCCGAGUUCGCGCCAGAGGACGAGUUUGAUGAGGAGCCGGAGGAGGAGGAGCGGUUCGAAGUUCCCGCGGAGUCGGGAGGACUUGGCUCUAAGUGA